AUGGACUCAGCCCAGAUCCACCAGCAGGUCAACGGUGUCAAACAGUUCCCAGCAGCUACAGUACCAGUCUUUAUCAAUGGAUCCGAGGUGAUUCUCCCCGAGACCUUUGACGUCAUCAACCCUACGACCGGCAGUGUUACUUCACAAUGCUCCAAUGCGUCAACAUCUACCGCCAGUGCCGCCAUUAAGGCGGCGACCGACGCCCUCCCGACAUGGAGCGAGACCAAUAUCGAGACGCGGCGAGACAUACUCAUCCGGGCAGCAGCCAUCUUGGAUGAGCGUGCAGAGGAGCUCAAGGACUACAUGAAGUCGGAAGUCGGGGCCGACGAGGCCUGGAGUUCCUUGAAUGUUGCCCUGGCCAGAGACUGUUUGCUUGGGACGGCAAGCAGAAUAGGGACGCUUGAGGGGCGUAUCCCGGCGCUUCGUGAUACUACAGUAGGGGGAAUGAUCAUUCGCGAGCCAUAUGGCGUUAUCUUUGCCAUGGCACCAUGGAACGCCCCGUACGCCUUAGGAUUCAGAGCCGUCGUGGGACCAAUUGCGUGCGGCAACACGGUCGUUUUCAAAGGCUCCGAGCUCAGCCCUCGCUGCCUAUUCGCCAUCGUGAGCAUCCUCCAUGAGGCUGGCGUGCCACCAGGAGUCCUUAACUACAUCUCCUGCAGCGCCGCGAACGCCCCAGAUGUCACCGGCGGUAUCAUCGCGUCACCCAGCAUCCGCAAGAUCAAUUUCACUGGCAGCACUGCGGUUGGCCGCAUCAUCGCCAAAAUGGCAGGAGAGCACUUGAAGCCUUUGCUGCUCGAGCUGGGCGGUAAAGCUCCUGCUAUUAUCUGUGACGAUGCGGAUCUCGAUCUCGCCGCCCAGCAGUGCGUGCUUGGGUCAUUUCUCAACGCCGGCCAGAUCUGCAUGAGUACUGAGCGGAUCCUAGUUCAUAAGAGCAUCCGGGAGGCCUUUGAGACCAAGAUCGCCGAGGCAGCAGCCAGCAUGUUCCCCACUAACCAAAAGAGCCCUGUUCUUAUCACGGAACACGCGGCCAGGCGGAACAAGGCUCUAGUUCAGGACGCUACCAGUAAGGGAGCCAAGCUGGUGUACGGAAACAUCGACGAGGCGCAGGACGUUCCCACAGCCUUGAGGCCGGCCAUCGUGGCCGACGUGAGGGCCGAUAUGGAUAUGUACCUGGCAGAAUCCUUUGGCCCUACCGUCUCUAUGAUCGAAUUUGAAACGGAUGAGGAAGCUUUACGCCUAGCCAAUGAUGGCGAGUACGGCCUCAGCUCCGCUGUCUUCUCGCGCGACCUGCGCCGGGCGCUGCGCAUCGCCAAGCGCAUCGAGACGGGCGCUGUGCACAUCAAUCGUAUGACGGUGCAGGACGAGUCGGGUCUCCCUCACGGUGGAGCUAAGUCGAGCGGAUUCGGCCGGUUCAAUGCAGGAUUUGACGAGUGGACGAGGCUGAAGAACAUCACUUACGAUUUAUAG